GACAAGACAAGAAAAAAAAUUAUACCUUCAACUAUCUAUUCAAUUCAAUUGAGAAAAAUAAAGGAUGAAUUACAAUUAAUACUACCGGAGACUUCCCCACCUUAUGCAGCUAUGAAUCCUGCUCCACACUCCAAAGAAAAACGUAUCGGAGUAGCAUGUGAGGAAUGUCGGAAGAGAAAACGAAAGUGUGAUGGCCUACGUCCAUCAUGCACUCUCUGUAAUGUAUCUCAGAAGAAUUGUCAUUAUUCAGGAGAUGUUGAAACACGCAAACGCAAACAAUGGGAUACAGAGUACGUGGCUGUUUUGGAAGAGCAGAACUCUACACUCCGGGCACAGAUAGCAGAGCUGCGAGCUGGCCUGGCUACAUCGUCAACGUUGCUGGAAGAUCCCGCGAGUCUUUCGUCGUUGGCGAACACAACGAAAGCUCCGAGCUUACCUUCUCCGCAAGAGAACAUUUUGGCUCCGGAGCAGAGUAAUACGGCUCCUGUGGAGCUUCCUUUGUCUUCUUCGGCUAUUAAUGAUAUUGCCACGCUAGUGUGGAGACUUGACCUUGGUGAUAAAGGAGAGCCUACGUUCAGUGGACCAUCUGGUAAUUUCUGUAUCCCUUCCUCGGUCGAUACAUUCGUAGCCCGAUCUGAAGCGCGUAAAAGGCCUCAGGUAUUGAAUAAUAUGAUACCCAUCCCUGACGCCUGUUACAAUCUGACUUUGAAAACAAAUCUUAUGAAUUUAUUUUUAACUCAGCUUAAUCCUGUGCAUCAAUUUAUUCCUCCCUCUUACAAAUUGUGUCCCGAGCUCUAUCCUUUUGAUGAGCCGGCCCUAGAUAUUUUGUACGGAUCCAUUUUUGCGGCGGGAGCUCUUUUUUCAACGGUUCAGGAGGAGACGAAUGCCGGCAAGGAUUUUGAAGAAUGCAUGGAUAUGAAUUCGGUUAAGGCUUGUCGUGAACAGCCGUCCCUACAUGUGGUUCAAGCACUAAGUAUCAUUGCGUGGAGAGAAUUAAGUCAGGAACACAAUAUUUGUGCCUCUAUAUACAUCUCUAUGGCCGGUGGCCUUGCUAUGAGUCUUGGUCUCCAUGCUAUUGGUCUCGGUGCUCUUUCCAAGUCUGACACUUCCAAGAUACUUUUGGAACAGGAGCAGGAGAAUCGACUCAGAACGUUCUGGUCAUUUUUCUUCAUUGAUCGGAUAGCUGCCACUAUGCUUGGUAUCAGCUGCGUAAUUCCAUGGCGUCGUGUGCAAGUACCAACUCUACACUCUCUAUUGGGCGCAGAAGCCUCACAUGAUGAGCUUGCCUUUAGCUAUAGUUGUGGACUUUGGCAAUUGCACGAUCAAUUCAUGGAUCAAAUAUAUUCUUUCGAAUUCAAAGCCCUGGAGCUUUCCCAAAGAAGUCGAUUGCUACUCUUAGCACGAGCAGAACUUCUAGCAUUCAAACAAGCCAUGCCAUCCUGGCUGCUAGUUCCCACAUCCACAGCCGCAUCUAUACCACCACGUUCCGCUCUCUUCCUCCAAAUGUCUUACCAAAUGUCUCUUCUCUUGAUUCACCGUCCUUAUCUCGGCGAUCCGCCUGCAAGUGACUCAUUUUCACUUGCCUUUACGACCAUAUCAUCUGCUGCAAUUCGCAUGACGCAAUACAUCCACUUAUUCCGCAAACACUAUCUAACAGAACCCGCAUGCAAUCUACCAUCUUUAGGCAAUCAUAAACGGGGUAAACCUACAGUGGCACUUCCAUUCAUCGUCCAUCAUAUACUCACGGCAUCCAUCAUGCAUCUUCUCUUCAGUACCUCGCGCGCACCAACUCAAAUAUCUCUCGCGCGCCGCAGACUCCAGGUUUGCUUAGAGACUCUAACGGUUCUGCAGGAUGAGUGGCCAGUGGCUAGUAAAGCGAUCGCGCAGAUUCAAGAGCUGGCCGUGCAGUGGAAUGUCGUCGCUGCAUUACCUCUAAAGUGGAGUUUCGUUGGCAAAAUACCCCAGUCAAAUCCAACACCUAUACUACCAAACUCGAUCGAUGUUCACGCCGAUCCAAGCAAUCCGAUUCACAAUAGUUCAGACGCGACUCGACACUCUACAAUCACUCUACCGGAAAGAUUCGAUCCUCAUACCAUCACAACUCCAGAAAUUCUCGCAGAUAGUCGCGACAGUAUCUGUGAUCCUCACAUGUUUCUCCCGCACACCUUUGACCCUGCCCAUGAAUUGGAACCGGAUCUUUACACAGCACCGUUUUCUAUAGAAGAUGGUGAUUUAUCGUGGAUGGGCCAAUUGGAUUUCAUGCUCAAUGAUGAUGCUAACUCAAGUUCUUUGUGGAGGGGUUCAUCUUAGUUUCUGGGAGUUCUUGGUCCGGUGAGGGAUUUGGACUCUGUGAGGGGGGGUGUGGAGUAGAUGGGAUUAGAUGGAUAGAUUGGGGUGGGCUGUGAUGGGUCGGUUGGUUGUUUGGAUACUUUGAUGCUGGUGUAGUGUAGUGUAGUGUAGUGUAGUGUAGUGUAGUGUAGUGUAGUGUAGUGUAGAGUAGAGUAGAGGAGAUAGAUAUACUGUCAAGGAGAUCUUGUGGGAUAUAUCAAUGCGAUCUCUGGAUAUCAUGGGUUUAGUAAUUGAGAAAGAAAUAGAGGUAUGUAGAUUAAUAAUCGUAUUUGGUGAUGCAAUCUUGAUUCUGAUUCAGAUAUGAGGAUUAGGAAUCGGAUUAGGAAUAGCAUUAGCAAUGUUAGGGUUCAGAUGUCAAUAUCAGGGUUUGUGUGUAUUAACUUCGAGUGUGUUCACCUGGCCGGGAGAGCA